UCUAUAUCUGUAAUCUAGCAACUUCUCAGUUCUCGGAAAGGUCGAGAGUAUUUAGGUAUAUUCUGUUUUUGUGUUUUAAAUAUUAAUGGUCAUUGGUAAAUGUGUACCAAAUAAAUUGAUUUUAAGUCGCAGACAGUAUUAUUUCUAAAAAUGUCUCUUAAUACAGCUCAUGCUGAUCAUGGUGUACUCAUACACGCCGGAGAAUGUAUCAUAUUGUUCUCUGACAAUGUAACCUUGGAAUUAUACGGCAAUGACACCCCACAAUUCAAAGGUCCCAAAAAUGGACGUAUGUACCUUACAACCCACAGGAUGAUAUAUAACUCUAAAAAUAAUACUGAUGCAGUGAGAUCUUUCAGUUUCCCAUUUGUUGCAUUGCAAGAUGUAACAGUAGAACAACCAAUGUUUAGUGCAAAUUUCAUCAAGGGAAAAAUACAUGCUCAACCAAAUGGAAAUUUUAUUGGUGAAGUGAAGUUUAAGCUCACAUUUAAAUCCGGUGGGGCAAUUGAAUUUGGAACAGCAAUGCUGAAAGCUGCACAUUUGGCAUCCCGUCACUCCAACCCAAAUGCGCCCCCGCCGCCUUACACUCCACCCAGUGGGCCAUGGUACGCAGCUGCGCCGCCCGCUUACGCCCCACCACCGCAAGGUUACUAUGGCUGGGUCCCGCCUUACUCUGCUUUUCCCGACCAACCAGCACCAAACUCUGUAUUUGUAUCAAACAGUCCCCCUCCAUACCCUGGCGUGAUGGGUGCUGCAUACCCGCAAGGUACCGGAUUCUCGGGCAGUGAUGCAACAGGUGGGUCCGGAUAUCCCAACGCACCUCCAAGUUACCCGGGUAACGGAAACCCACCUGGAUAUCCGGGUAACAAUCCACCCGCGGCAGGUUUUGCAGGAGGUUUUGUACCUCCACCUGGAAUGUCUUCAAGUGAAGCAAAAGCCGCUGAAGCUGCGCAAAGCGCUUAUUAUGAUCCCAACAGACCGCAAACAGCCUAUGUUCCACCUCCAUAUAAUGAUCAACCCCCGACCUAUCAGGAAUCAACGUCGAAAAAAGAGAACUAGAGCACUGUCCACACUUUCACAUGAAUGCACCGCGGCGCCAAAUAACAUUCGCACCCAAACCAGAGAAAAAGCAUCAUCCAUAAAAUUUCGGCCUUAUAAUAUCAUACAUUUACUCCAAAAUAUUGCUUUGAAAUAAAUGGUAACCCCAUUUUUAAACAUAACCCUUGUGUACUCUGUUAUUCUGAUGGACGGACCAUGGUCAAGUAAUAAAUUAAUUU